AUCAUCUCUGCGUUCUUCACUGAAUUCUGCUUAUCGCUAUGAUACUACAAGUACACUGUCACUUAUACCAUCGAGGUUUGAUCAUGGGAAACUUCUGAUUUGCCAGGCAAUUCAACCUAUAGUACCCGGAAGGCGGUCAGUGAAUGAUAGCAUGGUUCUAAACGUAUUAUCUAUUCCAGAUCCAACUUCUCGGCUCAUCGUCGACCAGAACAAGACGACAUCUUAAACCAUCUUUGUUGACGAAGAGCAAGGACAAGUUAAAGCUCAACAAACAGGACACCAUGCAUUUGAGGUGUCUAUCCAGACAGACUCUAUUCCAAUCAUUGGCGUAGAUUUCACCCUGGUCUGUUCGUUCACACCUGAAACAAGAUAUAAGCAAUUGGUGUGGAAAAAGGGUGAAAACAUCCAAGUGGCAUCGCAUUCUUGUUGGAGGUCCCUUUACUACUGUCCAGUGAAUUCUAUUCCAUUCCCAUUAAAAUUCAGCCUUAAAACCGACAAUUCCAGCGGAAAUUUAACUAUAAGAAACCUGAACGAGGACGAUAUCAGCGAUUACCGCUGUUCAUUAAGCAGUGGAGAGAUUUCAGGAUCCGCUAUCAAGCAAGUGAAGCCUCUUACACCAGAUCCACCGAAUAGAAUAUUGAUCACCGCUGGAAGAAAGACUCUUUACUGCUUUAACAAUAUAUCUGUUACGGCCGGAACACAACAUAACAUCACAUGCGAAUCAAUGUGGGCUAGGCCUCCAGCAAUAUUAAAAUGGCGUAUACCAGAAUGUGUGCCUGCCGUCGUCCAAGAUCAGUCUGAUGUCAUUCAAGGCAACUUUUACAUCUCCAGGAAAACGGUAACAAUCACACCCUCAAGGGACAAUCACGGAAAGAUUCUCAGCUGCACAGCAUCACAUCCAGAACUAGAAAAGGAGCUCAAUUGCUCAGUGGUCCUAAAAGUUCAAGUUUGGCCAAUGAAUGUGUUGCUUUUUACAACUGGUGGUAACCAGUCUCAUUCAACAGACAUAUACGUCCAAGAAGAUUCACCGACAUCAAUCACGUGUAAAGCUAUCGGAUCCUUCCCAGCAGUUGAUCUACCAGUGUCUUUUCCUUAUGGCUCUGACAUUAUUCCCAUUACGAAUUCUUCAAAGACUUCCAGUCUUUUCGACGAGAAGUUGUUCGACACUGACACUACCAUCAAAAUAUACCCGAAGAAAACGGACCACGGAAAGUAUAUUCGAUGUUAUGCAUUCAUGGACAGUGAAGUUGUUGGCCUAGAAUCUGCAAAAUUAAUGGUUUACGCCCUACCAGAUGAAGCUAAUAUUAACAUUCCAGAGGAUCUGCACGAUGGUAUGGACACAAAUGUAACAUGCAGAACAUCAAAUGGAUACCCAGCUCCUCUCACUCAUUGGUACAUUGGAUCAAGAAACCUGACAGAUAAUUCAUCGCUGAAGUCUUCAUUGAAUUCUGCUAAUCGAUAUGAUACUUUAAGCACUCUGAUCUUCGUACCAAGGAAGUUUGACCAUGGGAAACGUCUUCUCUGCCAGGCAGUUCAACCUGAAACAACCUUGGGUCGCCCAGUGAAUGAUAGCAUGGUUCUAAACAUAUCGUACGGCCCGAUUGUAUCCAUUACCUCUCGACGACUUACCGUGAGAGGAGUACACACUGGUUUUGUAUUGAAAUGUACUUCAGAUGGCAACCCUCCUGCUUUCACCUUCAAGUGGCUCUGUAACGGAAAAGACCUUUCUAGUCGCCGAAAUAUGACGCUCUACAAAACUGUAGCACAAGAUGAAACAGUGACUUCAAGCGAACUUGCAAUAGAAUACCCCUUUUCUGAAGAUUCGUGUGACUUCAAAUGCAUCGCUAAUUCAACAUAUGGCUCGGGAACUACAGUCUUAAACUCAAUAUUUUACGAUCCCCUGGUGAUUGGCAUUAAGACUACUGUUCUACACCUCGGAUCACAGGACUGUGAGAACGAAUAA